AUGCUGAUUCUACAAUCAAUUCUGACGACCAAACUCCCAGAAUCCCGCUUCAAAUACUUCCCUCACCUGCCGCCCUACACGGAUCCCACUACGGGCAUUCUUUCCAUGCUCCCUUCCUCAUGGGUCCAUUACGCCCAACUGAUGCGCCUCGAACUUCCUGGCGGCUUCUACGCUUUCUACUUCCUGUACAUCAUUGGCAUCCUCUACGCCGCCUGCAUCGCACCCCAGACUCCGAGCCCAACCAAGCUGCUGUCCCUAGCUGCCAUCAUGAUGCCUUUCAAUAUACUCCUUCGCGGCGUCGCUUGCUCCUGGAACGACAACGUUGACCAGGAGUUUGAUCGCCAGGUUGUGCGCUGUCGCCAUCGUCCCGUCGCUAGAGGCGCCGUCACCACUAUCCAGGCACACGCCUCUUACUCUUCGCCGAAUACCCAAUACUCAGCUACUUUCCAGCGCCCUGCACACCGCAUGUGUUCAUCACCGUCAUGCUUUUAUUCAUCUAUGCUCUCAUGA